AUGACCACCCACAAAGAAUAUCGGCCAAUGCACGAAGCGGAAUUAAAGGUUUACGGUGCCAAAUACCUAGAGAUCAAAGAAGAGAAAGAAUCGCGUUCAGCGGUAUAUAUGAGAGUCAGCGAAACAGAAAUUCGCAUCGAACUGUUUUAUGAGGACAUUGUGAUACCCAAAGCCGAGUUCGACUUGGCCAUGGGCAAGCAUGGACAGAAUGCAGUACUCCGACAUACUCUCCGACGCAAACACAAAAGGCUGGGGCAACAUUCAAAAAAAAAGGAUCGACUCGUCACCGCAAGAUACGAAUUUCGACACCCGGGCGCAACAACGAAAUAA